GAAAAUUCUGUAUCAUUUCCUGUAUCAGUCAUUUGACAUUAUAUAACUGUUGUCUAUCACAUAAGGACUAGGAAGCUAAUGAUUUGUAAAUGUAUCCCAAUACGCGAUGGUUAUUUUCUUCUUUUAGAGAUUUCUGCUCCAGGCAGAUCUUCUUCCAAUGUGAACGGUGGACCUGAACUUGACCGUUGCCUGAGUCCUGAAGGUGUAAAUGGGAACAGGUGCUCUGAGUCAUUCACCCUCCUGGAGAAAUACAGAAUCGGGAAGGUCAUCGGAGAUGGCAACUUUGCGGUAGUUAAAGAGUGUGUGGACAGGUCUACUGGAAAGGAGUUUGCAUUAAAGAUUAUAGACAAAGCCAAAUGCUGUGGAAAGGUCAGUAUGUACAACUGCUACGUGGGUUCUCGGAGCGGGAGGUAUUCAGGCGGGGACUUGAGACCUUUGUUGCAGGAGAUUGACUCUCAGUAA